UUUUUUAAUUGUAAAAUAACCAUCAACAAAAUACAAUUUAAAAUGACAAAUAAAACAUCCGAAGGAAUUAACAGUAAUGAUGGCCAGGCUGUGAAGACAGUUGCAUCAUUUCGCGCAAGCUUCUUUAAACAUGUUGGACGUACACAGUCCCUAAGCUCUUCUAAAACAUCAGGAAGUGUUGAAUCUGAUGAAGGUCCUAAGAACGAGCAAGCAAAGGUCAAAAACAUUCAUGUUUCUGACGUUACGCCUCCGCCUGGUUUUGAAAAGGUUGUACGGAAGGCUUCAAGAAAGCAAGACAAACAGACUAUAUCUGAUGAAGAAAAAUGUUUUUCUAUGGCCAAGCAUAAUAUCUUAAUGAAAACACAUAACAAUCAUCAAUCCGCUGGGGAUUUAACUCAAUACAUCAAUCCGGAUUUAUUAAUCGGCCGCCGUUCUUCUCUCCAUCAAACUCCAACAGAUCCCCUAGAUAAGAAAAUACGCCAGAAAGAAGCUUAUAAAACAGCAAUGUGUCAGGCGUGGCUUCAAGGGAGAUGCUGCGCAUUCGGCGAACAAUGUGGUUUUGCUCAUGGCGAAGAAGAGUUGCAACCUUUACCACCGAACCGGCAAAAUCCAAAGUUUAAGACUCGGAUUUGUGAAAACUAUACUACAACAGGUAUAUGCCCUUUUGGCAAUAGAUGCUUCUUUAUUCAUCCACAACCGAAUGCGAGUAUUGACGAUGUGCUUGAAUAUAAAGAGGCACUUGAUCAAAGAGCGCGCCAACUCGAAGGAAGGGCUAUUAUUCAGCAUGAGGAAGUCGUGAUUCCUCUUAAUCAGAUUGUUGCCAGUCCGAAAAGUAGUAAAAAGCCAAAACAAUUGAGAAAACUGGAAAGUUGUGGUGAUUUUUACACUCAAUUCCAACUUUCACAAAUGCAACAAAGAUUGGCACUUGAACAGCAAAUUCAAAAUGAAGCUCAGGCAAUAUUUACCGCUGGAGUGUUGGCGCAAACGGCAAAAACAUUGGAGAAUAGAGCGAUAGAACUUGAAAUAAAAAAGCAACAAUUGGAACAACAAACACAAGCAAAUUUCGCCAAUUAUGAAAAUUUUCCUCUAAAUUCCCCGACAAAUGGAAAUUUUGGAAUGUUUAGUAAAGGGCCAACAAGUCGAUUUGCUGCCAUCAAGAAUUCAGCAAUAUCAGGAUCAAUGCCACUAAUCCAUUCGAAUUCUUCCGGCAAUUUAUUGUACCAGCAUCCCAAUAGCAAGAUGAAUAAUGUAAAUUUAAUUUAA